AUGGCUACUACCAAUACAAUUGUGGUCUUCCCAGGGGACAACUGUGGCCCAGAGGUGAUGGCAGAGGCAAUCAAGGUCCUCAACGUCUUUGAAAGCAGCAAGAACCCAAUCAAGUUCGAGUUCAACUAUCAGCUUCUAGGGGGCGGUUCCAUCGAUGCGACAGGCGAGCCCCUUACUGCGUCUGCUCUCGAGCUGGCGAAGAAUGCCGACGCCGUCUUGUUAGGUGCGAUAGGAGGACCAAAAUGGGGUACUGGUCUGGUGCGACCUGAACAGGGCCUUCUCGGCCUUCGCAAGGGAAUGGAUGCCUUUGGCAAUCUCCGGCCUUGCAACUUUGCGGCCGACUCCCUUGUCGACCAUUCCCCCCUGCGACCUGAGAUUGCCCGGGGCACCAACUUUGUCAUCCUGCGCGAGCUCUGUGGCGGAAUGUAUUUUGGACCUAACCGGCAGGAUCCAGACGAGUCCCUGAGCUCAGCCCAAGACGUCGACUACUACGCACGCUCGGAAAUCGAGCGAGUUGCGCGGAUGGCAGGCUAUCUCGCCAUGAAACAUGACCCGCCUCUGCCUGUCUGGAGUCUGGAUAAGGCCAACGUACUCGCCGCUGCCGGGCGGCUUUGGAGACUGGUCGUGUCCGAGGUCUUCGAGAAGGAGUUCCCAGACGUGCAGCUUGGGCAUCACUUGAUCGAUGCGGCAGCAAUGCUCAUGAUCAAGAAGCCAACAGCAUUGAACGGAAUUGUGCUCACGAGCAAUCUGUUCGGAGACAUCAUCUCGGACGAGGCUAGUGUGAUCCCUGGCAGUCUCGGACUUCUUCCAAGCGCAAGCUUGUGCGAUAUCCCCGCUCCAGGAAAAAGGGUCAAGGGGAUAUAUGAGCCGAUUCACGGCUCUGCUCCCGACAUUGUCGGCAAAGGUAUCGUAAACCCGGUGGGGACUAUAUUAUCGGCGGCGAUGAUGUUGCGAUACUCUCUGGGACAAGAGGGAGCUGCUGCCGCCGUGGAAAAGGCUGUCGCGAACACACUUAAUCAAGGAUUUCACACGGCAGAUAUUGGGGGGUCUACCGGCACAACCGAGUUUGGCGACGCAGUGGUUCAAGUCCUUGAGGCUAUAUUGGCGUAA